GUCUCAGCAAGGUAAGGCAGGCUGAGGAUGAAAGUCAUUGUGAACCCAUCAUGUUGGCUAGGGUACCUGACCAGUGGAGAAUCCUUCAUGGCCUCACAUACUGGAAAGGCCUUCUUGAGCCUCUGGAAAUCAAAAUUCGCCGUUCGAUCAUCCAUUAUGGUGAGCUUGCUGAGGCAACAUAUGAUGCAUUCAUCACCGAGCCGGCUUCCCGGUUCGCCGGCAAUUCGCGCUAUGCCGAACGCGAUUUUCUCGCCAAGUGCGGUGUGGCCGGUGCAUCUAUGUAUGAGGUCACUAAAUUUGUCUAUGCCACAUCAAGCACUCUUCUUCCUGAAUCUUUGUUGAUCAAGUCCUUGUCGAGGGAAUCAUGGAGCAAAGAGUCCAACUGGAUUGGCUACGUCGCCGUGGCGACGGACGCCGGAAAAUCUGUACUGGGGAGGAGGGACGUUGUGGUUGCAUGGAGAGGGACGAAGAGGAUGAUGGAGUGGAUGACGGAUUUUCAGUUCAACCUACAGUCGGCGGCAAGUCUGUUGAGGCCAAUACUGAAGGAAGGAGAAGAUGCCAAAGUUCAUCAUGGAUGGCUCUCCGUAUAUACAUCUGCCGAUGCAAAGUCUCCGUUCAACAUAACAAGUGCUAGGGAUCAGGUUUUGAUGGAGAUCAGUAGGCUGGUGAAAUUGUAUAAGAAUGAAGAUAUCAGCAUAACGAUGACCGGCCAUAGCUUAGGAGCUGCUAUCAGCACUCUCAGUGCAAUAGACGUGGUUGCUAAUGGCAUAAACACGAUUGAAGCCGAUCCCAACAGACACAUUCCGGUGACCGCCAUCGUCUUCGCAUGCCCGAGAGUCGGGGACGCCGGAUUCAAGCAGGUAUUCGACCGGACGGAAAAUUUGCGGCUAUUACGCGUUAGAAACCAGCCUGAUGUAGUUCCAGAUUACCCACCAAUUAGUUAUGAAGAAGUUGGUGAUGAGCUGUCGAUUGAUACUAGAAAAUCUGGUUAUCUGAAGAGUCCUGGUAGUUUUCUCACUUGGCACAACUUGGAAGCAUAUCUUCAUGGCGUUGCGGGAACCCAAGGGAAGGACAGUGACGAUUUCAGUCUCGAAGUGGACCGUGAUGUCGCACUGGUGAACAAGCGCAUUGAUGCCUUGAAGGAUGAGCUUCUCGUUCCGGCGGCAUGGAGAGUUGAGAAGAACAAGGGGAUGGUGAAGGGCGGGGAUGGACGGUGGAUCUUGAUGGAUCGCGAGAUUGAUAUGUGAAUAAUGUUUGCCAUGACCUUUCCUGAUAAAAAUGGUUGACACGAACUUCGCAAAAUCAAGAAAGAAAAAGAAAGAUACUGAAUUGGUGCUUCAUAAUUGUUCUUCAUUAAUUUGUAAAUUUUGUAAGUGCUAGGCUGCUAGCUGCUCAACUAUCCGCAGGAAAUUUUAAUAAACAGGUUUUAGCUUGAUCAGAUAGAGAUAGGCGUGGGCUGCUGUGGGCCAUUUCUGUAUUGUACA